AUGACUACCGUAAGCAUUGUAACAACCAGGGACAAUUUCUGCACCAAGUGUAACCGUUCAGGCCACGCUAAGGAGACCUGUUGGGCGGGCAAUCCUGCCCUGAAACGUCGUAUCCUGGCACAGAGGAAGGCGAAGUCGGAGAAGGAGAAGAGAAUUCUUCAAGAGGCGGCCACGGCCGCACAGGUUAGGGAGGGUCUUGCCUUUCUUGUAGGACUUUCUAAGACCGUUCUUCUAAGCUUUCGUUGCACUGUACUAACUCUUUCUCUAGGGGCAGAUGCAGUUGGUACAUCUUCCGCCGGCACCAUCCUCGCCGAAAACGGAACCACGGUCGUCGCUGCCGCGUUCCUCCCCACGACGUCGAAUCCCUCCCGCGCUGGCCGUAGCCACCAGCAGGCUUUGGGGCCUGCAUUUGCAGGAGUUCGUCGUUCGCGCGGCCUGCGCCGCAAUCCUCGAGAACCGGGAAUUAAGCUAAUGUAUGAUAUUGAAUUGCAAAUGACGCUACAAAUGCCAUACACGAUGGUAGAGAGGAGCCGUGCUGGUACAACUCCAUGGUUGUACCAAAAGCCAAAAUGCCAAACCAACGGGUUGGGAUAUUGUUUGGACAGCUUCUGUGUAUUGAUUGACCCACCUAUUAUGGCAUUCCAUGACAAAUCCUUCAAGUUAAAAAGGUGA